UGCGGGCCGGUCCGGGAGGUGCAGGUUCGGGGUUUGAACCCGGCCGCUCGGGCAGCGGGCCGGGGCGAGCGCCAGGGGCGGCGGCCGGGGCGGCCCGGGACGACACCAGCGGCGGAACCAUGGUGCAGCAGGUGCUCUACCGCGCGCUGGUCUCCACCAAGUGGCUGGCCGAGUCGGUGCGGGCCGGCAAGGUGGGCCCGAGCCUGCGGGUGCUGGACGCCUCCUGGUACUCGCCGGGCACCCGCCAGGCCCGCCAGGAGUACCUGGAGCGCCACAUCCCCGGCGCCUCCUUCUUUGACAUCGAGGUGUGCCGGGACACGGCGUCGCCCUACGAGAUGAUGCUGCCCAGCGAGGAGGGCUUCGCCACCUACGUGGGCCGCCUGGGCAUCGGCAACGACACGCACGUGGUGGUGUACGACGGCGACGAGCUGGGCAGCUUCUACGCCCCGCGCGUCUGGUGGAUGUUCCGCGUGUUCGGCCACCGCACCGUGUCCGUGCUCAACGGCGGCUUCCGGAACUGGCUCAAGGAGGGCCACCCGGUCACCUCGGAGCCCACGCGCCCGGAGCCCGCCACCUUCAAGGCCACGCUGGACCGGUCCCUCUUCAAGACCUACGAGCAGGUGCUGGAGAAUCUCAAGUCGCGAAGGUUCCAGCUGGUGGAUUCGAGGUCCCAGGGGCGGUACCUGGGCACCGAGCCGGAACCCGAUGCCGUUGGGCUGGACUCGGGCCACAUCCGGGGGGCCCUCAACAUGCCCUUCACUGAGUUCAUGACGGCGGACGGCUUCGAGAAGAGCCCGGAGGAGCUGCGGGCCAUGUUCCAGGCCAAGCAGGUGGACCUGGCCCAGCCGCUCAUCGCCACGUGCCGCAAGGGUGUCACCGCCUGCCACAUCGCCCUGGCUGCCUACCUGUGUGGCAAACCCGACGUGGCCGUGUACGACGGUUCCUGGGGCGAGUGGUUCCGCCGGGCGCCCCCCGAGACCAGGGUGUCUCAGGCCAAGGCCGCCUGAGUGCUGGGUCCCCCCUCCCUCUCGUCCGGGUUGGACCCCUGUAGCCUCCCAGUAUCGCUGUGCAAAGCCCUGAACCCCCCUCCACCCCCCCACCCCAUGCCC